AUGGCUUUCGUGCGAUUCUUGGGCAUAGCUUCAGGACAGAAAGCAGACAACGCAGCACUUAAUGAGAAGGAACUCGAGGCACCCGAGCCUUCGUCCGAGCUACCGCAAGAGGAAGAGAAGGUCCACCACCCGCACCCAGCGUCCGAGUACAUCCUCUGCGGCCAUCCCUCACACAGCACCGCCGCCUCCCCCCUCCCCGCAAUCUCAGAAGAAGACCUCCCGGCCCAAGCGCACGCACACGCACAGGACACCCUCGAAGACAAACUCAUCGAGCUCCCGCGCCCCGUCUACUCCCCCAGCAUCCCUCAGGUCCUCAACAUCGCGCCGCCCGCCCCGCGGCGGCGGCCAACGCUCAAGCGGCGGCUGCAUACCGUGCAGACCGAGCUCGCAGAGCUGCGCGCGCAGCUCAGCCGCUCGCGCGACCUGCUGGGCAGCCUCGAGCAGGACGUGCUGCUGCAGCUGCGCGGCGCGCGGGAGAUGAUACUGGACAAUCAGAGCGCGGUCCUUAGGGCGGAGCAGAAUAUUGGGGGCCUUACGCUGGUGUAUAUGGGCUCGAGAGGCGCGGAGGGGGAGCCGCUGAUGAGGAGGGCGUCUGCUCGCUGUGCUGCUUGUCAUCGGACAGCAAGGGAGAACGAGAUCUUGAAGGAUAUCGUUGCGCUGUAUACACAGCACGUCGAGCCAAUGGAUUUACCUUGCCAAGCGUGGCGAGUAAUCAGAGACUUGGAAGGCGAGCUUGAGACCUAUAUCUACGCAGCUGAGGAGGGCAGGGAUGGCCCGUCUAACCCAUCCAUCACCAUCGUAGCAUUGUUGCCCUCGCCGAGGACAACAAUGAACUUCACCGACCGUGUACGCUCUAUCUUCUCGUCGCUCCGUCACCGCUUCGCAAGGAGGAGGCGCCAUGAAGCCGGUUCUGAAGACAUACAGGACCGCACCAUAGUGACGCGUCCGCCGUCAAGGCUGGGCCAUAGAGAGGAUGAGGGGGAGGAAGAGACAGCACUCCCAUCAGCAUUCGGCCCUGGACAGAGCAGAUAUGGUUCGGCGCCGCGUUGGACAAGGUCCCUACUAUCUAUUAUAUCCGAGGAAGAAGCCGCCCAAGGUCCCGCCGAGCAAGGUCCUGUGCUGGGACUCUCAACAGAGGCCUUGCUAGGCCAAGACCCUAUCGACGAGUGGGACAAUAGCCCGCCGCUUGCACCUGUGGCACAAAUGACUCAUUUGCAAGAGAGGCUGGCUGACGUCCGAGGGUACCUCGGUAGAACGCGAGAGCGUGUAGAGGAGAGGGAGGUACGGGAAAGGCUGAUAGACAGCCAAAACGGCCUGCUGUUGCUGGAGCAGGAGCUGGGCCGUCUUAUAUUGCAGCUAUCGGAGGCGUUGCCGCCAUAG